UACCCAAGCGCUCGCCAGGUUGGUUCUGCGCAAGCUCACAGGAAGCGCUCUCUAACUGUGCUUCCGGAGACAGCCUUCUGUGGGGUUCCCAGCGUGGAAAGCUGCGAACCGUGGAGUGUGACUUAGCCACUCGCCAGGCCUCUGCGACCUGCGCCGCCUGUGGACCCGGAAGAGUUUCCUGUGGAUUAGCAUGUACUGAAACUAACCGAUGCUCUCAGCUUGGAAAAGAUAUGAGCGAUUUCAGUGAAGAAUUGUCAGAGCUUGCCGUGGCAGACCGGAAGAGAGAAACUUCUGCAUUGUCUGAUAAAGGAAUGCAGCUCCCGUGGCUUCCGAAGCAUAUAGAAGCUGUAGUGACUGGGGGGAAGAGGAAGAAGGAUUUUGCUCAGACAACCAGUGCUUGUUUGAGCUUUAUCCAAGAAGCCCUGCUGAAGCACCAGUGGCAGCAAGCUGCAGAGUACAUGCACAGUUACCUACAGACCCUGGAAGACUCAGACACCUACAAGAGACGGGCUGCCCCGGAGAUCAUUUGGAAGCUUGGAAGUGAAAUUCUAUUUUAUCACCCGAAAAGCAAUGUGGAGACUUUUAAUAGCUUUGCUGACCGGAUGAAAAAUAUUGGCGUCUUAAAUUAUUUAAAGAUCUCCUUACAACAUGCAUUGUAUCUUUUACAUCAUGGAAUGCUGGAGGAUGCAAACAGAAAUCUAAGUGAUGCGGAAACAUGGAGGUAUGGUGAAAAGUCGGCUUCUCAGGAAGUGUUAAUCAACCUUGUGCAGGCCUACAAAGGGCUCUUACAGCACUAUUCUUGGUCCAGAAAGAAGAUGGAGUUGUCAGAGCUUGAUGAGGAUGAUUAUGCUUAUACUGCAAAAACCCGAAACAUGCUCAGCCAGAGCUGUAAGACCUCUGCAAAUAUUUUUACACUGAUUAAAACUCCUGGGGUUUGGGAUCCUUUUGUGAAGAGUUACGUGGAGAUGUUAGAGUUCUAUGGUGAUCAAGAUGGAGCCCGAGAGAUACUCACCAAUUAUGCAUAUGAUGAAAAGUUCCCAUCAAACCCCAAUGCCCAUGUCUACUUAUACGAAUUUCUCAAGAGACAGAAGGCACCCAGAACGAAGCUGAUAAGUGUUCUUACGAUUCUACAUAAGAUUGUGCCAUCCCAUACACUAAUGUUAGAAUUCCAUACAUUGCUUAGAAAAUCAGAGACAGAAGAACACCGGAAACUGGGCUUGGCUGUGCUGUUUGAAGUCCUGGAUUUUUCUGGAUGCACUAAGAACAUAACUGCCUGGAAAUACUUGGCAAAGUAUCUGAAGCAGACAUUAAUGGAAGGCCAUCCUGUGUGGGUUGAAAAAGAGUGGCAAUCUAGGAGAAGCUGGUGGCCAGCCUUUCACUUCAGCUUCUUUUGGGCAAAGAGUGAUUGGAAGGCAGAUGCUGAUUUGGCUUGUGAGAAAGCGUUUGUAGCUGGAAUCCUUUUAGGGAAAGGUUGUAGAUAUUUUCGGUAUGUUUUAAAACAAGAUCAUGAAACCUUGAAGAAGAAAAUUAAGCGGAUGAAGAAGUCUGUGAAAAAAUACAGUAUUGUAAAUCCAGACAAAAGUGUUUGUUCAAUGGGGAGCACGGCUGUAGCAUAGUUACUUCUGCUGGUUACCUGCCCGUGGCUGUUGUGUAUUAACUUCAGCCGCUGCUGUGAGUGCACAUACCGUCAGAUUCUAACUGACCCGGGAUGAAGGAAAACACCUGUGAAGAGCUCUGUUGAGGAGCUGUAGAGACUCCAGGAAGAGCACGCCUCCUUUCUCUGUUGUUUAAAGCAGAGCAGGUGGAACCAAGGGACUCCAGAGAGAGACCACACUGACUCUGGAGGACUGACGUGGUGGUGGAAGAGGCUCUGGCCUAACCUGAAGCGGCGUGGUGUUCAAGGAUAUGCCAUGUCACCAGAUGUUCCCUCUGUUUCUCUCUUGGAAAUGAGAGGACAACAGUGGAAUCUUCUAGUGAAAUAAUGUUCCACAGGUACAAAGUAAGCCCAGUGGGGCAGGCGGGCCAGAAGCCAGUGACAUGUUCUGGAAACGUUAGCUGGCCCUGUAGUAUGCUGCUGAGUGCUUCUUCAGAAUGACCUUGGCUCUUGUGCAGUUAUUGUUGAAGGGACUAGUACUUGGGUUCCAGGAAGCCUCACUAGUGUUCAGGUGGCAAACCACACAUUUCUCUACUGGCUUGCAGCCCUACCAGUUUUAAAUAAUGUACAAUAAAGUUGGACAAGUUAUGCUUCGUCAUUAA